AUGAAUGAAAAUAAUGUAAAAGAAAUGAAUAAUAAAAAUGAUAAUCCAUACAAAAAAAAAGGUGAUGAAAAAUUAAAUGAAACAGCUAGUUAUCAAAAAUCAAAAAAGUCAUCAUAUAUAGAUAACUUGUAUAACAAAAAUUUACUUUUAUGCGAAGAUAAAAUAUCUUAUUGUGAUGAGAAAAAAAAGGAAAAUACAAAUGUGGAUGAAGAAAAAAAAAAAAUAGCAAAUGUAAAAGAAGAGGUUGAAAAUAAUUCGUCCAUAUGUAAAAAUGUGUCAUCUACAAAAAUAUUAAAAGAAGUUCAAAAAGAUAAAUAUAACAUUCUUGAUAUGAAAGGAAAAAAUAACAUUAAAAAUAAUACAUCAUCAGAAUAUAUAAAAACAAGAUCUUUACAGAACGUAAAGAAAAAUUCUUCGUCAUAUUCUAAUGAUAAAACUGGAAACAAAAAUUCUCAAAAUUUAGAAGAUCAUAAGGUUGCAUUUUCUACUACAAAUGGGAAUAGUCUCAGUUUUGAUGAGAUAGAUAUGAAUAAUAUAAAAUUGAAUAUGAAAGAUAAAUUAAAUAAUAAUAAUUAUGUUUAUGAUGAUGAUGGUGAUAAUAAUUAUUAUUAUUAUAAUAAGAUGAAUGACGAAAAAAAUGAAAAAGAAGAAAUAUCAUUUAACAUAUAUGAUGCACCCAAUUUAAUAGGAAAUAAUAUGGAAAAUUAUAUUUUGCAUGAUGAAGAUAAUUAUAUUAAAUCUUCUUUUGAUAGAAAUAACUUUGAUACUGCUAUAGAUAAUAAUGAUGGUUUAAAACAACCGUUUAAUAUUUUUAAUGAGGAAAUAAAUAGUCAUGAUUUAAGAAGAAAAAACAAAGAUAUAAUCGCAAACAUUGAAAAAUCAUCUAGAUAUUAUAAAGAAAAAAAAAACAGUUUUUUGAGUACAUUAAAAUCGAAAAGUCAUGAAAAAAAAGAAGUAUAUAGUUCUAAUAGAAAUCAAGUUAAGGGUGAGGAAAUUAUGAUACAGAGAAUUUUUAUUGAAGAAAAUAAUAAUGAUGAUAAUGUUCGAAAUAAAAUAGAUAGUAUUGAACAAACUAUAGAAGAAAAUAGAAAUGUUAAAUAUAAUAAAAUGUUAAGUAAUAAAACUGGAAAUAUAUUAAAAAAUCAAUGUGAUAUAUUAAAAAAUCAAAGUGAUAUAUUAAAAAAUAUAAUUUGUGAAGAAGAAAAUUAUUCUUCAUCAUCUACAAAUGUAGUAAGCCAUAUGGUUAAUAAAAAUGCAGACAGUGAUUCAUUUAAUAAAAGGGAUUAUGAAAUAACAGAUGAUGAAAGUAUGGAAGAGAACCUUAUAAAAAAUAAUAAAUAUGUAGGUGAUCAAUUUGGAGAAGAUAAAUAUUUGAAUGAUCAUAUUCCAAGUGAUGAAUUAACUGAAAAAAUAGCGAAUGAUAUUAGUAGCCCCCAUAUAGAAUUAAGCGAAGAUUCAUUAGAAAAUACAAGAGAAAAGUUUGAAAAUGUUAGAUCAAAUUAUGGGGAAGAUUUUAUAGAUAUAAAAAUAUAUGAUGAAGAUUCUGAAAUAGAUGAUAUACAAAAUAACGAACUAGAUUAUUUUUGGAAUAAUAAAGAUGUAUCGAAUAUAUUAAAUAAGGAAAGAAAUUCGGUAAGAACAAGUUUUGAAGGAAAUAAUGAAGAGGAUGAAAAAAAUAUAUGGAAUAGUGAAGACUGUGGUGAUGGCGUAAGAUUAGGACCAAUUGAUCUUCCAGAUUUUAAUAUAAAAAAGAAGAAGGAUAAAAUUAUAUUUCCUCAAAUGAGAAGAAGUAGAAGUGAUAAUAUAUAUAAAAGGAAAAAUAUAGCCCAUUUUAUGAAUAAGAGAAAUACAAUAGAUAAUAUAAUAAAUAAUGAAAAUAUGGAAAUAUCGUUAUCAAAUAAUGAAUACACAUAUGAUAAUAAUAAUAAUGAUAAUAUUAAUAAUAAUAAUUAUAAUAUUAAUAAUAAUGAUAAUAAUUUAUAUUAUGCUAAUAAUAAGGUAGGUGAGAAAAAAGAGGAACAACGCGAUGAUAUGAAUAUAGCAGACAAAUUAGAUAUUAUAAGAAAGAAGCUAGCUAUAAAUAAUAAUAUAGACAUUGAUAAUAUAAAUUAUGAACGUUUUGAUAUGUAUCAAGUAGAUUUUGAAAGAAUAGGUUUAAAUGUAAGUAAUUUAGAAAAAGAAGAAAAAUAUAUUUUGUUAUUAUAUAUUUCUGAAAAGAAAUUAGAAUAUGUAUGGAAUGAGAGAGAAGCUUUUAAGCGAGCUCAUUCGAAUAUAAAGAAUUUCCAGGUGAAUCAAAAUAAGAUGAGAGAAUUAAAAAAUGAGAAAAGAGAAAAUUCUGUAUUAAUUGAUACACAAUAUUUUAAAAGUAAUGAAAUGAAAAAUUAUCAGAAUUAUAAUAUAUUGAAUAAGAAAAAUAAUUACAAUAUAAAAAAUAAAUGUUCAAAUAAUUGUAGUACAAAUAAGACCAAUGUUUUUUCAAACAUCGGUAGGUCUAUAUCUGUAACAUCAUCAUUUGAUACAUGUGAGAAGAAAAAUAAUUCUAAAGAUUUUUCAUUAUUAUUAGAGAGGCAUAAAUAUAAUAAAAUGAGAAAUGAUCAAUAUGAUGAAAAGAUGAAUAGUGAUGAUUAUAAUGAUAUUAUAAAUAAUGAUGAAAAGUUACAAGAUGUGGGUUUCUUCUUACCGUUUUAUCGUAGGUUAUUAAAAAAAUACGAGACAAUAAACAAGGUGGUCAUAAAUAAUGAUAGUGCUGCUAAUGAUGUUUGUGAAACAAUUAGUACUUCAAAUAAUAAUAAUAUAUAUAAUAAUAUUUGUAAUAAGAAGGAAGAAGGUGAUAAUUCCCAAAAAAAUAUGUCGAAUGAAAAAUCUUUAUUUGAGAGGUUCCUUAAAAGCUUCAUUUCUUUAUUUUUCCUGGAUGAAUGUAUUGAUCAAUUUUUAAAUUAUUAUGAAGAUAUUAAAACAUCAAAAAAUAAAGAUGAUGCUCUAUUAAGACAUUCUUUGUGUAUAGAAUAUAUGUGUAAUUGUUUUCAGGAUAUAUAUAUACAAAAAGAUUAUAUUGAAAAUGAAGAAAAAAAAUUUUGGUUUUUACAUUUUUCUGAUAUUAUGAAAGACAUAAUAAAUAAUUUUAUAGAAAAUGAAAAUUUAGUAAAUAAAAUAAGAAAGAUACAAAUAAUAAAUAACAUAUUAAAAGAUGAGGUUAAAACUUAUUCAAUUAAGGUAGCUCAUGAAGACAUUUAUUUGGAUGUAUCUCAAAAUUUUAUUGAAGAGUAUGAAAAUGAUAAAAAUUAUAAGUAUAAUUAUCACAUAUAUAAGAAACAAAAGCAAAAAAUGAAAACACAAAAUAGUCAAGAUAAAAAUAAUAAUAAUAAUAAUAAUAAUAAAUAUGUUGUUGGGAAUAAUCAGGGUAAUUAUACCAAUUCAUUUUGGAGUUAUAUAUUUGGAUAUUUUAAUAAUAUAUAUAAUAACUGGUCUCAAGAAAAAGAUGAUUCAGAUCAUUCUUCAUAUAGUCAUUCUGAAGAGUCUUUACAAAAUGAUAUAAUAAAUUCAUCAAAUUUGGUUAUUAAAAAUUGUACUCAUUCAGAUGAAGAACAAAGUGGUGAUAUUUCAAUGACCACAGAUGAUGAAAAUUAUCAAAAAGUAGAGGAACAAAAAGGGAAAAAUAAUAAUAAAAGUGAUAAUAAAAAUGAAGAUAAUAUAGAACAUAACAUAUUGCAUAAAAAACCUAAACAAGUUCAUGAAGAAAAUGUAUAUACACAUGAUAUUUUAUUAAAAGGAAAUAAGCAAAAUAAAAAUAAAGAAAAAUAUAAAAAUGAUCAUUCUCUUAAAUCAAAGGAUAUAAAAAGUGUUGAUACAAACAUGAAUAAUAACAAAUUAAAUAAUUAUAUGAAUAACCAGAUAAAGUGUAAUUCUUUAGAAAGGCAAGAUCAUAUAUUAGGUAGUUCUACUAAUAUAGAUGAGAGUAUAAUUGAGAGUAAUAUAUCAAAUGUUAGCUUUCAUAAUUCAGAACAUUCUAAUAAUAUAAAAUUGGAUGAUUUUUAUGUUGUUAAUAAGAAAGAAGAAGAAAAGAAAAAUAAUACAACAAAGGAUGAAGAACAACCUGAUAUAUUAAAUAAUAACAACAAAAAAACAAACUGUUGUAGUAAUACACAUAAGAACAGAAAUUAUCAUAUUUCAUCAUACCAAAAUUUUAAGUGUAAUAAUAAAAGAUAUCAAAGAAAUGUAGCAAAUUUAGUUUCAUUUCAAUAUAAAGGAUCCUUACCAAAAGAAAAUAUAAAUAACUUUAAAAAAAUGAAUAAAAAUAAAAAUAUCAUAGGUUGUUAUUUUUCAUCAUCUGAUGACACAUUAGUUGGAGUGCAUAUUAAAAGUGAUAUAGUCCAACAUUUUGUAGAUACCCAUUUUGUUAUGGAACGAUGUCGAAAAUAUAAUAAACAAAUAAAAAAGUCCUAUGUACAUAUUCUAAAUGCAAAAACAAAACAAUAUUUAGCUGUAAAUCUAAAUACAAACAAAAUAAUUUACACAAAUAAAUAUGAUGAUACAAUAUAUUUAGAUCAAUAUAAUGAACAACAUAAAAUAUCUACAUAUUUUCAAUUACAAUCAAUAUCAGAUAUGAUGAAAAAUAUUUUGAUCGAAGAUAUUGUACAGAGUGUAGCUGAUAUUUUGUGUUGA